GCUCUUCAAAACAGUGUGCCUCCUAUAUAUAUCAGCAAGUACAAUCGUUUUGUGGAUAACAUCUUGGAAAGAAUCAAUCACUUACUGCGUAAAAGUUAUGACCCAGUGAAUGUUCGAUUGAAUAACAUGAAUGGGCAACAACAGAAGAAUAAGAAUAGAAAGUCUGGACAAACCAAGAUCAAGAGGAAAAAUAACAAAAAUAGAAGAAGAGGCAACAAGAAUAAAAGGCGUAAUCAACGUCCAAGACCACGCAGUGCUACUUAUGCUAUUAUGACAACCAGUGAAACUUCUCCAGUCAUUAGAAACAUCUCAAUGGUAGAUGAACCAGUGGCAGCAGCUGUGGCAGCUCUUUCUCAGCAACUGCAAAGCACCCCUAUCACAGAGCAGGUGAUGUUGAUGGAAGUGUCUGCUGAUAGAACCCCCACAACUACACCUCCAGCAACCACAAUUGGGGCAUCAAAGGAGGAAGUCCCAGACAGCCGGGCUCGUCCCCAAAAGCGAAGGCCAAACAACAAGAACCGCAGAAAGAAUGGAACUAAGAACAAAAACAGAGCACCGGCUAACAACAGGAGAAAGCCUAAGCCUAAGAACAGGCCUCCUGCUAGAGCCACUCUGUAUGGAUUAGCCUCACUUAAGCGAGAGGGAGAUGUGUCUGUGAACAUGAUGAGCUCUCACACAACAGUACGAACUCGAUUUACCAUUGGACCUCUAAUGCUGAAAGUGGAGAAAGAGUUUGGUCGAGGGGCAAAGAAAGAUAUUCGCAGUGCUGUAGCUACCACAACAGAAAUGACUGGCAAACUGAAUCUUCGUGUACGACAUGGUGGAGCAGCAGCUCUUCAUUCUAUUCGUGUCCUUCAACCAAAGCAGGUUCGAGUUGAAAGCUCAGAUGACCAUGACAAGACUCGUGAAUUUGUCUGGAGCAGAUCCAGCCAUAUAGCUCACUUGGUAUCUCAAAAACUUUCGUUGGCUACUCGCGCCAUGCUACAGCCAACGGCGCGAUCCAGAUAAUCACGCACUGUGAAAUUUAAUGUUUCAAAUAAUCUUAUCCCCCACCUCAAGGACGUUGUGUGAAGUGUAUAUAUCAUUAACCAGUUGUUCCUGAAUUCUUCAUACAGGAAAUCAGUCACAGAAGUUAAUCAUAGCUGAUGUUUUUUCUCCUUUUUUAAAGACUUAUUUUAUAUUGCUUCUUGCCAAGGGGAAAAAUGAUAUCUCAUGU